CCGCGUCAGCGAAAGCGACUGUGGCCCCCCGAUCAAUGGUGGUUGCCGAGGAGUUGGCGAAAACCUACGGCGAUUCGGCCCGCGCGGGAUCUCGUCCGUCCAUUUCUUGCUGAUUAGCUUCUGAUGCACGCUACGCUGCGGUGCGAAUUGUCGCGUCGGUUCUAUUUCUAGUAGUUUCUUUUUCUUUCCCCCGCCCUUCUCCGCGAUCGUGAGGGUAGGGUUUCGGCGGCGGAGAUGGCGGCGGCGGCGGCGGCGGCGGCGGCGGGUGGCGGCGGCGGGGGGACGAUGACGUGGCACGAGGAGCUCGCGAGCCUCGUCGGCGACACCGGGAUCCGAUACUCCGCCGCGUACGGAAUGGACGCGGCGGCGGGGGAGGCGGAGGUGGAGGAGGAGAGGGACGAUGGGGAUCUGAGAGGUAGGGUUUUGGGGGAGGUGGAGGGGUUCUACAGGUACGAUGGUGGUGCGGUGGUGGUGGGGGAGGAGAGGGAGAUCGGGGAUCUGAGAGGUAGGGUUUUGGGGGACGGGUUUUAUAGAUACGACGGAGUUGCUGCGGUGGCGGCGUCGGCGACGGUGGUGGCGGAGGAGGCGGUGGCGGAGGAGAGCUUGAAGGAUCAGGUGAAGGGGUUCUUGUCGUCGACGGGGGAGAUGCUGCGGGAGCUCGGGAAGGGGUGUUGGGACAUCGCGCAGCAGAGUUUGGAGGGUGCGGAGGACACGUACGUCGUCAAGAAGAUCCGGGGGCCUGCGGCAGCGGCGGCGGAGAGGCUCAGCUUCUUGAACGAGUACCUGCCCGAGGAUCGGGAUCCCACGCACGCGUGGCCUGUCGUCAUCGGCGUCUUCCUCCUCGCACUCACAGUAUUAAAUGUAAAUACGAGAAGUGAGGCUUCAGUUCAACCACCGAAGAAACUGUACAUAAGUCCUCCCAGUGCUAACCGAAUUCAACUUCCUGAUGGAAGGUAUCUGGCUUAUGAGGAGCAAGGUAUCCCCCCUGAGAGGGCUAGGUUUUCUCUGAUUGCCCCACAUUCUUUUCUUUCUUCGCGACUAGCAGGAAUACCCGGCGUUAAAGCGUCUCUAUUGGAAGAAUUUGGUGUCCGAUUGAUUACUUACGACCUUCCUGGUUUUGGCGAAAGUGAUCCUCAUCCUGGAAGAAACCUCAGUUCAUCUGCUUUCGAUAUGCUUCAUUUAGCAGAUGCUGUUGGGGUCAUGGACAAGUUCUGGGUGGUAGGCUAUUCAAGCGGGGGAAUGCAUGCAUGGGCAGCUGUUCGUUAUAUUCCUGACAGACUGGCAGGUGUAGCCAUGUUUGCACCAAUGGUGAAUCCAUAUGACUCCGGCAUGACCAAAGAAGAGAGGCAUAAAACAUGGGAGAAGUGGACCGCAAAAAGGAAAGUCAUGUAUGUUUUGGCUCGGAGGUUUCCUUCGCUUCUUGGUUUCUUCUACCGACGAAGCUUCCUCUCUGGAAAACAAGGUCAGCCAGAAAGGUGGUUAUCAUUGUCUGUAGGGAAGAAGGACAAAUCUUUAUUGGAAGAUCCUAUCUAUACUGAGUUCUGGGAAAAGGAUGUCGCAGAAUCAGUUCGCCAGGGGGACACAAGACCGUUUGUGGAAGAAGCCAUGUUACAAGUUUUUAACUGGGGCUUCAGCCUCUCCGACAUCCAAGUGCAGAAGCAGCAAGACGGAAAAGGCCUGCUAUCAUGGCUCAAGUCCUUGUACAUUCAGGUCGAACGCGAGUGGGUCGGAUUUCUUGGCCCAAUACACAUCUGGCAGGGGAUGGAUGAUCGGGUGGUGCCGCCAUCUGUGACCGAAUACGUGCGGCGCGUGGUCCCCGGAGCGACGGUACACAGAUUACUUGGCGAAGGCCACUUCUCGUACUUUUGCUUCUGCGAUGAGUGCCACAGGCAGAUAUUCUCGACUCUCUUCGGCAUUCCGCAAGGCCCUCUCACACUAGCAUCGGAAGCGGAUGAAUUGUCACCGCCAGAACCGCCAGAACCAGAAGAGUACUUCGAAGAAACAAUGCUGUAUAACUCCACCGAAGACUCCACUGAAGAGGAAUGAAACACACCACACUCUACCUUUUUUCUUCCUUUUUUUUUUUUAGUGGUUUCUAAUUCAUCUUUUUACGUGGGAAUGUGAAGAUACCACUGUAAUUACGGUUAACCCAUUUUUCGGAGCAGGAUAGGCACCUCAGAGGUCUCAUACUUUUGAAUGAACCACGUUCAUCUGUAUUUGAGCUCUGUAAUUUCUAUAAGAAUAUUGAAUCUUAGAUGAGUCAAAAUUUAUGCCCCUCGAUUACAAUUCAAAACUCGGUAAAGGAAAUUUAAGCUGCUUAUUUGCUGCUACACCGAGCGGUCCUAUUUUUGCGCCGAAAGGUUUAAAGAAACUUUAAUUUUCGUGCA